AUUGCUGACGUUUAAAGUCAUCUUCAUGCUUCUUUAGAUCAUGUGAGCUCGCAGCUCAAGGACGAUCUCCAUGCCACAUCGCUGCUCUUCAGGCUCCUCCGAGCAAAUGGCUUCUCUGUUUCACAAGGUUUGUUCGAGACAUUUAGAGACGAGGAGGGAAACUUCGAAGCUCGCUGUGAGAACCAGAUCAGAGGGCUUCUGAGUCUGUACGAAGCUUCCUACCUCGAGAAGGAAGGAGAGACUGUGCUGAAGGAAGCCAUGGAUUUUGCAACAGAGCAGCUGAAAGGAUUCAUGGAGGAGGGAUCUGUUCCUGAGACUGGAGGUCUCAGAGAGCAGGUGGCCCAUGCGCUGCAGCUUCCACUGAAUUGGCGGCUGGAGAGAGUGCAGCACAGGUGGUUCAUUGAAGCAUGCCGUGGCGACGACACUAUCAACCCCCCUUUCCUGCUGGAGUUUGCUAAGCUCGACUACAAUCUGGUUCAGGACAUGUACAAGAGUGAACUCAGAGAGCUCUCCAGAUGGUGGUCGGGGCUCGGGCUUGCAGAGAAGCUGCCAUUUUUCAGAGACCGAUUACUUGAAAACUAUCUGUGGGCACUUGGUUUCACUUAUGAACCAGAAAGUUGGAGAUGCAGAAUGAUCCAAGCAAAGUCCAUCUGCUUUCUUACAUUGAUUGAUGAUAUUUACGACGUCUAUGGAACCUUGGAUGAACUCCAACUCUUCACUGAUGCCGUCGACAGAUGGGACUUAACUGCCAUGGACAAGCUUCCAGAAUACAUGAAAUUAUGUUUCUUUGCAAUCUUCAACCUGGUGCACGAAGAAGGCUAUCGGGUGAUGAAGGAGAAGGGCUUGGACAUUGUGCCUGAUUUAAAGAAAGCAUGGGGAGAUCAAUGCAAAUCAUACUUUGAGGAAGCAAAAUGGUUCCACCAUGGCCGAACCCCCAUGCUCGAGGAGUACAUGGAGAAUGGACUGGUAUCAAUAGCUGGUCCAAUCAUUCUAUCUCACGCUUACUGUGUGGCCAAAGACUUAACUGGAGAGGCCUCGAAAAUUUUUCCCAAUUACCAUGAGAUCACACGCUCCUCUAGCAUACUUUUUCGUCUUUACGAUGAUAUGGGCACUUCCACGGAUGAGCUAGAAAGAGGCGAUGUGCCAAAAUAUGUUCAAUGCUACAUGCACGAGAAAUGUGUCUCAGAGGAAGUGGCGAGGAGGGAGAUAAGAGAAUUGAUGAGAAAAUAUUGGAGAGAAUUGAAUGCAUCUCUUAGUUGGGAUUCUCCAUUAGAGGAGUACUUCAUGAAUAUACAAGUUAACAUCCCUCGGACGGCGCAGUUCUUUUAUGAUCACGAAGGAGAUGGAUAUGGCAAGGCAUAUGGAGAAACUAAGUCUCAGAUCAUAUUGCUAUUAUUCGAACCUAUCCAAAUUUAAAAUGAAUUCAUAUAAAUUGUACCCUCUAGCCAGAGGGAUCUAUAAAGUAUUAUCGAAUUAAAUAAAUGGAAAGUUUAUUCUAUUGUUA